AGCCUAGCCUUUACCCAUCUCGAGACACCCAUCUCAAGAGGGCAAUGGCGUGCAAGUCUGAAGGCCCACGUUGUGCCGUGCUGGAUGUCCGUUUGGAAGGCGCACAAAAGCUUGUGGGCAGCUGGUUGAAGGCUGUGCGACAGGCUGUGGAGUGCGAGCCUCUGAACAUGUCGAUUAUUUCCGUGCACAAUGACUAUUACGUGUCACGCUUGACUCUGGCCAGCAGUCAGGCACAGGUAACCAAGGCCUUGGAUGACUUGGAGCAGGAGUGCGUGCUGCGGCCUAUGGGUCUGGCAUGGCCAGGUCUUGCGCCCGAACAUGUUGCAGGAGUGCCUCAGGGACUGCCUGUGCCGUCUUUCGGAAAGAAGCGGAAGGCGUCCGAGCGCGGCCGGCUGUUCGCCAUUGGAGAGGAUGCAGCGCUGGCAGCCUUGCGUUCGGCUGGUCAAGCACUUGCUGCAGAGGUGGACGAUGUUGUGGGUCUACUGCAGUACUGGACCACAGAUGCCGGGAGGUUCUUCCCAGUUGCCGAAAAGGUGGUGAAAUCUCUACCAUCAAAGGUCACUUUGGAGGUUGUGGUGGCAACUGAAGAUGAGAACGAAGCCAAGGUCAAACUUUUGCAGCAGGAACUCUCUUCUAAGGUUGUGCUUGAACGGCUUUCGCUAGAGGAUGCGGCUGUGGUGGGCAAGGUCUUGGAACCGUUGUGUUCCAGCUGGCCUUUGCAACUGCAACUACCCAAAGGCGCAUCCCUGGCUUUGCGUGCACGUCCAGCAGUACUCUUACAGCGGCGUCGGGCGCCACAAGGAACACCCUGCAUCCAGAUUCUGUCAGAGGUGCCUCCGGGUCGAUUGAGUGGCGAGCUCCUUUUUGGAGCACCGUUGUUGCUGGAAGUUAAUCUUGGCUCUUGCACGCAGGAUGCUGAUCAGAUGAAGGCCCUUGUGGCAGAUUUGGGCAGCAACUUCCUGGUUGCCUCGGGACAACUUCAGCCAGUGUGCCUUCAAGCUACCAGGUGCCGCCAUUUCUAUGCCAUCUAUGCAUGCGAAGGUCAGCUGUUCUUACACGGCCUGGCAGCAGAGACAUGGCAAUCUUCUGCAUUGUGAGGGUGGGGUUCGGUCAGGGGACUUUCGCUGCGAAUUGGGUAUCGCAUGGGAAAAGUGCAAAGGAAAGGGAGCCCAC